GUGUACGACAAUCUGGCAUCGUUAGUCCGACCGAGCCAGAAAUUGGGUUUGUUUACUUCCUCCUCGACACAGCAGCACCGAGGGGCGAGGAUUACUUUAUUUAUCCUUUCUUUCUCCUCUCCCGCGCCACAAUGUCCUCCAGCAGCUCCAGCGGCACAGAGUUCAGGAGAAAAUGGGACAGAGACGAGUACGAGUCGCUGGCGCAGCAGAGACUCAGAGUAGAGAGGGAGGCAGCCCAGGCACUGAACCAGAAAACAGCACCAGUCAAGCGAGAGUUGCUGCGUCAGCGCGAGUACAAGGUGGACAUUGACUCUAAGCUGGGCAAGAGUCAAGUCAUCACAAAGACUACACCUGCGUCACAAUCUGGCGGAUACUACUGUAAUGUGUGUGAUUGUGUUGUAAAGGACUCCAUCAACUUCCUCGACCACAUCAAUGGCAAGAAACACCAGAGAAACCUGGGCAUGUCCAUGAGAGUGGAGCGGUCCUCCCUGGAUCAGGUCAAGAAGCGUUUUGAUGUCAACAAGAAAAAGCUUGAGGAGAAAAAGAAAGAUUACGACAUUGAACAGCGAAUGCAGGAGCUCAAAGAAGAGGAGGAAAAGCUAAAGGAGUACCGCAGAGAAAAGAGGAAAGACCGCAAGAGGAAAGCAGACUCCUCCAUAGACGAAGACGGACCAGCUGGCAUGGACCCAGAGAUGGCAAAGAUCAUGGGUUUCUCAGGCUUCACAUCAUCUAAGAAAUGACUUGUAAACAUAGGGUUAAGAUUAGGCUAUCUUUUUUUAUUGACCAGCUAAAUUCUAUCUUGGACAGACAUACAAUAAAUCUUGAUAUGGA